AUGGCUCCUAAGAACCUACGGGUCAAAAGCGUCCCCUCUCUCGAAGAGAGAGGGGAUGCAGCCCUUCUCUUCGGGGCGCGCGCAGCGCGCCCCGAUGAGAAGGGCCGCUCGUUGGGACCCUUAAGGGGUGGUGACGGAGUUGUCGUAGUACGAGAUUUUCUCGGAAGGACAACAGGUUCUUAUCUGGGUGUAAGGACGUUUACGUCAAAAGCCGGUUUGGUUUCAGCGUAUGAGUUAAUCAAGAGUAACCCUGUAAAUAUGACCCAAGGGAUUGGAGAAAUCACCUUGGAUGGAAUAAACCUGAAAUACUUUGAGAAGACUCAGGCAGAACUGAAAGCUGGAACAUACAGUUUCCCACCGGCCAUAAGAGUAGAAAUACCUAACCCUGGGAAAAAGCAGACGAUACCUUUAACAAUAGCAGCCCCUAGGGAUAAAGUUGUACAAAAGGCCAUGCAGAUGGUCAUGGAACCAGAAUAUGAAAAAAUAUUCAUGGAAUCGUCUCAUGGAUUCAGACCUAACAAAG